CUUUUUUUGUGUCUUCAAUAUCUCUAAUAACAUCAUGGGUGUCACUAGCUAUACACAUGAGACCACAACACCAGUUGCCCCUUCUAGGUUGUUCAAAGCUUUGGUUGUUGAUUCUGACAAUCUUAUUCCUAAGUUGAUGCCACAAGUUAAGAACAUUGAGGCUGAGGGAGAUGGAAGCAUCAAGAAGAUGAACUUUGUUGAAGGUUCACCAAUCAAGUACUUGAAGCACAAGAUUCAUGUUGUUGAUGACAAGAAUUUGGUGACCAAAUAUUCAAUGAUUGAAGGAGAUGUUAUUGGAGACAAACUUGAGUCCAUUUCCUAUGAUCUCAAAUUUGAAGCUCAUGGAAAUGGAGGAUGUGUUUGCAAGUCUAUAAUUGAGUAUCACACAAAAGGUGAUUAUGUGUUGAAGGAUGAAGAACACAAUGAAGGCAAAAAACCAGGCAUGGAACUUUUCAAGAUUGUUGAAGCAUACCUCCUCGCCAAUCCUUCUGUCUACGCUUAAGUGAUGAAAAAAGAAUCAGGUCUACACGUGAAAUAUAACGCGUUGUGACAUUAUAUAAUAAUUAAGAAAAUAAAGUAGGCUCUAAUUAAAAAGUUUAAUCUUUUAAAUGAGAUAUCAUUCUGUAGGUUUGAGUUUUCAUUGUUUUAGUGUUUUUUGUUGAGUGUGUGUUCUUUUUCCAAGUUUAUCAUGGGAAGAACUCUUAAUAAUGUAGCAACCUUUAAUUUUGCUUAUCAAAUACUUAUAUAAAAAAUAUGUUUUACUUUUC